CCUCGUCGUCGUCUUCUUCCUCUCUUCCGUAUGCUUCAGCUGGUAAAUAAUAUUUCAGAGACGCAUCAGGCCCCGUCUCCCAAAAGCUUCACAGUCUUUUUAACAGUCUUAAUUGAGAAUGUGCUCAGUUUCAUACCCGCUAUACUAUUUAGCGAUGAUCUUUGUGUUACAAUGCAUUCUGGAAACCCAGUCCAGUAUAUAAAAAAAAUUUGGCCGUUAUAUUAUUGCAAUUUGUCGUGUUGGACUCAAUGUGCCGCUGCUGGACAGUGUACUGCGGUUACAGCAGCAGGUUUCAGCAGAGACUCCCCCGUUAUUUCACCCGUUUAGCGAGAGGAAAGAGAACACACAGAGGAGAAGCCAAGACGGGAUCCGUCGAGAAGCUGUCCUGAGUAUUUACUCCGUACCUAUUAAGGCACAAUUUAUUUCUUGCUGCUGUGGACAUUGUUGAAUUCACAUCGCAAUGGAUUCGUGUCUGUCGAAUUUAAGAGCCAUUUUCUGUGUCGUUUCAUCGAGGAACAUUUCGGAGAAAACAAUGGCGCGGCAAGUACUGAUGGUUUUUUGGCUCUUCUCUUUUCAUUUAGCACGCGGGCAGGUCAGUUACUCCAUUCCCGAGGAAAUGGCAAAAGGUUCCUUUGUAGGUAAUGUAGUGAAGGAUUUGGAUUUGGAUUUAAAGCGUUUGAAGGCAGGUAAAGCUCGUGUUUACACCGCAGACGCUCCAGAAUACAUCGAGCUGAACAGAGAAAGGGGAGUCCUCCUCAUCAAAGAGAGGAUAGACAGAGAAGCCCUAUGCAGACAGACAACGCCUUGCGCUUUACACUUUCAGAUUAUUCUUGAAAACCCUAUGGAAUUUUACAGCGUUGCUGUUGAAAUUACAGAUAUAAACGACAAUCCGCCAGUUUUUAAAAAAACAGAAAUUAAAUUCGAAAUUAGCGAGUUGAUUCAAAACGGUGCGAAAUUUACACUUGAGAGAGCAAUCGAUCCCGACGUCGGUGUUAACGGACUACACAGCUAUUCCUUGAAACCAAGUGACAACUUUGUUCUAAAUCUACAGAGUCAGUCAGGCAGUAUUAAGAAGCUAGAAAUGGUUUUACAGAAACCUUUAGAUCGUGAAAAACAAAAGCAAAUUGUAUUGUUGUUAACUGCUGUGGAUGGAGGCGUUCCGCAGAUGUCUGGCACAAUGCAAAUACACAUUACAGUUUUAGACGCUAAUGACAAUGCUCCUGUAUGCUCUCAGUCUGUGUUUAAAACCAGUGUGGCUGAGAACUCGCCAAAAGGCACAACUGUAGCUACCGUUAGCGCACACGAUGCCGAUGAGGGGUCAAAUGGAGAAAUCACGUAUACCAUAACGGAGGAUGCGGAUAUGUUUGAAAUAAAUGAAAACGACGGCGUGUUAAAAUUAAGAGGUGAUAUUGAUUUUGAGAAGAUGCGUGCUCACGAGAUUGAGGUUCAGGUUACAGACCAGGGAGGACAUUCUGAUUCUUGCAAAGUCAUUGUUGAUGUCCUUGAUGCAAAUGACAACAAACCAGUGAUCAACAUAAUGUCAAAGUUACAAGUGGUAUCUGAGAGCUCACCACCUAGAACUGUCAUUGCAAUGAUAAAUGCUGCAGAUCCAGAUUCAGGAGAAAAUGGCAAAGUUUACUGCUCUAUAAGCGACCACAUGCCAUUCACAUUAAAGUCCACAUCUGCAAACUUCUUCAGUUUGAUAACCGACAACGAUUUAGACCGAGAGAGAGAGUCCGCGUAUAAUAUCAGUGUGACGUGCGCCGAUGAGGGAGAGCCAUCACUCUCUAGUAGCGUCACUCUCUCCUUACAAAUAUCAGAUGUGAAUGACAACGCGCCUGUUUUUGAGCAAACCUCAUAUGAGGCUUCUGUCAUAGAGAACAACACACCUGGUCUCUCCAUAUUCACAGUCAAAGCCAGAGACGCAGACUGGAAUCAGAAUGCUCGAGUUUCUUACAUACUAGAGGACUCGUUGGUUAAUGGGAUGCCAAUCACUUCUUACGUAUCCAUUAGUCCUGAUACUGGAGUCAUCAACGCAAUACGUUCUUUUGACUACGAACAGAUCAAAGAUUUCCGCUUUCGCGUCAAAGCGCAAGAUGGAGGCUCCCCUCCUCUCAGUAAUAAUGUGAGUGUGAAAAUAAUUAUUCAGGACCAGAACGAUAACGCACCUCAGGUUCUGUACCCUGUUCAGACCAGCGGUUCUCUAGUAGCUGAAAUAGUGCCCCGUUCAGCAGACGUGGGCUAUCUUGUCACUAAAGUGGUGGCUGUUGAUGUGGACUCCGGACAGAAUGCCUGGCUCUCGUAUAAACUGCAGAAAGCGACAGACAGGGCGCUGUUUGAAGUGGGCUUACAGAAUGGAGAAAUAAGAACUGUACGCCAAGUCACCGAUAAAGAUGCUGUGAAACAGAAGCUCACUGUUGUAGUGGAGGACAACGGACAGCCCUCUCGUUCAGCUACAGUCAAUAUUAAUGUGGCGGUGGCGGACAGCUUCCCUGAAGUGCUCUCGGAGUUCACUGACUUUACACACGACAAGGAAUACAACGACAACCUCACAUUUUAUCUCGUCUUGGCCUUGGCUGUAGUUUCGUUUCUCUUUAUCGUGUCCAUUAUAACCAUUCUGUCAGUUAAAUGCUACAGAUGGAGACGAGAGCAGAUGUUUUACAAAUCUAGCGCAAACCUCCCAGUUAUUCCAUAUUAUCCACCCCUUUAUGCAGACGUAGGAGGAACAGGGACCUUACAACAUAUGUACAAUUAUGAGGUUUGUAGAACUACUGACUCGAGGAAAAGUGAUCUGAAGUAUGAUAGACCUUCUAGUACCAGCAUCGUUAGCCUGGACACUAGUGGAAUACACACACUCUCACAUGCGCAGAAGGAGGGCCUGACCACUGGAGAGUCUGACAAUAAGCAAAAACCCCCCAACCCUGACUGGCGUUUCACCCAGAACCAGAGGCCUGGUCCCAGCGGAGCUGCUGCCACCCCAGAGGUUGCCAUGGGAACUGGACCCUGGCCCAACCCCCCAACUGAAGCGGAGCAGCUUCAGGCCCUGAUGGCCGCCGCCAACGAGGUGAGCGAGGCCACCAACACGCUGGGCCCGGGCACCAUGGGACUGAGCGCGCGCUACGGGCCGCAGUUCACCCUGCAGCAUGUGCCCGAUUAUCGGCAGAACGUCUACAUCCCGGGCAGCACGGCCACGCUGACGGCCGGCGGGCAGCCGACGCAGCCCCUCCCCCCGCAGCAGGUGCUGCCCCCGCCACAGGCAUGCGACGCCCAGGCCGAGCCCCCCAAGGCCUCCCAGACGCCUGCCUGCAAGAAGAAGUCCGCCAAGAAGGAGAAGAAGUAGCAAGAGAAGGGAGGAGAUAUCGGGGGGGGGGGUUUGGGGGUAGGCACAGAGGGGCAGAAGAGCACGGAUGUGGGGGUGGGAGAGUAAACAAAAAACGAAUAAAUGUGUCACUGUUUUCUCUGUCUGAAGGGUUCCCCCGUUCCCCCCCCCUUCGAGUGUCUGGUUGUGGUGGGCACGCAGGUGACUCCGUCUCAUUCAGUCCCAUCGUCCGUUUCCAUGUAAUUAGGUUCCUUCUGACUUCCCAUCGAGGUGAAUGUUUCCUAAGGAUGGGAGAAUGAACUCAAGCUGUUUUAAAUUAAUUUUUUUUUGUUGUUGUUUUUUUGGAAACGUACAUAAUAUUUUGAAGGACAGUUCUCUCUCAUAUAUCUAGCAGUGAGGGGACAUAACUCUUCACAUGAUUCGUAUUGUUCAUUCUGCUCUGCUUCACUCAAAGGGAGAAGGGUUGACCUGUGUAGAUGAUUUAAUAACUAUCAAUAUGACAAAAGAAAUCAACAUAGUGAUCAAUAAAUGUGAUGAAUAAUCCCAUAUCCCAUGCUGCAUUUCCUGGCUUCACCCAAAAGGUGAUUUUUGUAUAUACAUUUUAUGUUUGGAAUUCUUUAAAUGUUUUGUUUGUUUGUUUCCCUGGCAAUGCUGUGCUUAUGCUACCAUGGUUGGAAUUCCUCAAAAUGUUAACCUGUGAGGUUUCAACCUUUGAGAAUCUUUACUGUAAUAACACAGGUAAUUGUUUUUGCAUGAAGCCACAUUAUAACAUCCUAUAAAGGGAAGCUGAACUAUGCAUUGCUUGACAGAAAAGUUCACCCAGAAAAGUUCAAUUAGAUGUUAGAAUGAAAAAGUUUAACUUCAGUCCUUUUGAAAUGCAGUUUCUCCAUCUUUAACUGUUUUCUUGCCUUUGGGUGUUUCACAGAGCCAAAAUAAGUGUGUGUACUUUAACAGCCAGAGUGUAUUAUUACCAACUGCCUCCCACUCCAGAAGAGAUUUAUCUUUCGUGAACACUCGAACACUUCUCGUCUUUUUCUGCUUGAGUUCAGAAGUAUUUCCAAGCUUUUUUUUUGUUUUGUUUUGACUAAACCCGUGAAUAUAUGCUGAAGAUAAUGGUAAAACAGUUCUAGCACUGAGGACACGUGAGAACACGUGAGAACACGUGAGAACAGAGGGUUCAUGACCAGGCCAUUCCUGGGCCCUCCAGUCGUUGUGUAGUCUGAGAACCCUUCCACUCAGUGAUGAAGAAAUGGUAACUUGUAAAUAGAAAAUAACACUAUACAGAGGAUAUUCAGUGCACAUAGCGCAUCCAACAAGAACAACCUUUUCUGAUAUUCUAAGCCUCGACCACGGGCUUCCUACUGGAAUGUGUUGCAUCACUUUUAUUUUUUAGUAAAACAAGAAAAACAAAUAAAAAUAAAUGCUUUAAUGUUCUGGAAAAUGUGUUGCAAAAGUAGUAAUUUAGUAUAUGAAGGUCAACUAAUACGACUGUAAAUAAACAGAUUAACUUUUAAGGACUUAAAGUGACACGUAGACUAGAGACUUGCUGUUUACACAAACAUUUCUGCAUUCAUCCCCCUUCUCAUCCUGAUCGCCCUUCAAGGGGCACAUGUGUAAACAAGAUAAAAAGAACCUCCUAACCCUCUUAAAAAGCCUCACCCUUAUUUUUGUGAUUCCUGUUGUGCAUAUGUGCAAACUGCUUCUUAAUGUCUGAAUGAAGACUCAGAUAUGAAUAUUCCGUGUGUCUGCCAUGCUGUAAUGCUUUCUGUACCCUGCUGGACCAUCUUAUAACCGCCAGCUCCUCAGCAUUGCUCUUUAUUUUAUAUGCUAAUAUUUAUAUUGCUGUUUUAUUUUCUCUUGAACACUGACAUUUCAAAUAAAAUGUUCUGAAACCAUUAA